CCUUCGUCGCGUCCGCAGCUUCCUAUACGUCGGUCGGUCGUCGGUUUGCUUCGCUGUCGCUGGAAUACGGCGCUGCUUACGCGGUUUGCUCAAAUCUCAACCCCACCGAAAUCCAUCUGUGUGAGGCCUUUCCGCUGUGUUUGUUGUGCUUAGUCCCCGGGAAGUAGCAAUGGUUUUGGCGCGUCACUAGCUACCGUCAAGUCAUAGAGCUGCUCUACGAUAUAUUUGCUUUACGCCUGCGCAUAGGCGGCUGCGACUCGCUUCUCCACCAUGGCUGCCCAAUUCACGGAAGAGAACAUCAAGGAGCUCAGGUUCCGGCUGGAAGAUGCGGCGAUGAAAUGCUCCGAACGCUGUUUAUACCAGUCAGCCAAAUGGGCAGCGGAAAUGCUGGAUUCUAUCGUUCCAGUUGAGCAAUAUGAUACCGAUCCGGAUUCUCCCAUGGACCUUCCCGAUGCUCCGUCGAGUACUCAGAACCCUUAUCUCCGAACGCAAGAUCCACUCGAAGCCGCUCUCGAAGCGCAAGAGUCGUACAAGUACCUCCUCGCGAAAUCCUACUUCGAUACCCGCGAAUAUGAUCGUUGCGCGGCUGUUUUCCUCCCCCCGACCAUCUCCCCCGUUCCUCUUACUUCGUCGCCGCCGAAACCGAAAUCCAGACAGUCCUUGACCCCACAGAAGGGAAAAUCCAAAGCUUCGGCGUAUGCAGGUGUCAAGGACAAUAGUGUGACGAGGAAUCCGUAUCCCAGGCUCAGUCAGAAAUCGCUGUUCCUCGCGUUGUACGCCAAGUAUCUGGCAGGCGAGAAGCGGAAGGAUGAGGAGACUGAAAUGGUGUUGGGCCCCGCAGACGGAGGCUCGACGGUCAACAAAGAAUUACCGGACCUUGCGCAAGGCCUAGAAGGAUGGUUCAAUGAGCGGCAGGAAAAGGGAAUGGAAGAUCGGAGCCAGGGUUGGUUGGAAUAUCUCUAUGGUGUUAUACUCCUUAAAGGGCGAAACGAGGAUGAUGCCAAGACGUGGCUUAUACGGAGUUUGCAUCUAAACCCAUUCCACUGGGGCGCGUGGCAGGAGCUGAAUGACUUGCUUGCGAGCACAGAAGACUUGAACCAAGUGGUCAAUCUCCUUCCGCUGAAUAUAAUGACCCUCAUUUUCCGCGUAUACUGCAGCCAGGAGCUGUAUCAGGCCACCGAUGAUACCUACCAAUCGCUGUCUGAGCUGGAGACGAUCUUCCCUGCAAGCGCUUUCCUCAAGACUCAAAGAGCUCUACUGUACUAUCACUCGAAAGACUUUGAAGAAGCGUCCCGCAUAUUCACAGACAUCCUCGUUACCUCUCCUCACCGUCUCGACAGUCUCGACCAUUACUCUAAUAUUCUAUACGUGAUGGGCGCUCGCCCGCAGCUUGCAUUCGUCGCGCAAAUCGCAACCGCUACCGACAAGUUCCGCCCAGAAACAUGCUGUGUCGUAGGAAACUACUACUCUCUCAAAUCCGAACAUGAAAAGGCAGUCAUGUAUUUCCGACGAGCCCUGACAUUGGAUCGCAACUUCCUCUCAGCCUGGACCCUCAUGGGCCACGAGUACAUUGAGAUGAAAAAUACACACGCAGCAAUCGAGUCAUAUCGCCGCGCCGUCGAUGUCAACCGCAAAGACUACCGCGCCUGGUACGGUCUAGGGCAAGCCUACGAAGUACUGGAUAUGUCCUUCUACGCAUUAUUUUACUACCAACGAGCCGCAGCUCUACGUCCAUACGACCCGAAGAUGUGGCAAGCCGUCGGAUCCUGCUAUGCCAAGAUGGGCCGCAUCGAACAAAGCAUCAAGGCUCUCAAACGAGCCCUCGUUGCGGGCUCCUACUACGCGGAAGACGCCUCCCAAGUAGGAAUGGGCGGCCCGGAACGCAAGAUCCUCGACCCUGAAACCCUCCACCAGAUCGCCACCCUCUACGAACGCCUAGGUGACGAAGAAGAAGCAGCCACAUACAUGGAACUCACCCUCCAACAAGAAUCAGGCCAAGUCAUACAAGAAGAAGAAGAAGACGCAUCAUCCGACAACGACAACGACGACGACCAAUCCGGAACAGAAGCCCAAGGAAGUUCCAGACGAGCCCGCAAGUCAUCCACCCAACAAGAUGACGACGAAGACACCUGGCACGGCACAGGCGUGACAGCCACCACCUCCAAGGCAAGGCUAUGGCUUGCACGGUGGUCUCUGCGCAACGGAGACCUGGAACGCGCCGACCAAUUAGCAGGCGAGUUAUGCCAAGAUGGGGUGGAAGUCGAAGAGGCCAAGGCUUUGAUGAGGGAUGUCCGUGCACGCAGGGAAGGAGAUGAAUAAGCAUCAGCAUCAUAGUUAACUAGUUAACUAUAUCUGGGAUUUUGUACACUAUCUCUUAUCUUCCUGCAUUUCCUCAGGGCUAGCGAGGCGUUUCUGGGGAGUCAUGAUGGAAUGAGGUCAUAACUAGGUCUCAAGUUCAUGUGCUUGUGCUGUGGUACCAAUUAUGCAUACUAGUCGAGUCGGAUGAGAUAUUAAUGAUAGAUACCCCUGCC